CUCCAGAGUUCCCUCAGGAGAUAGAACCAUCUGUAACUCAGCAGGAGGUUCCAGCUGAGAUUCCAGAGCUCUCUAUGGAGGCAGAACCUUCUCUGACCCAGCAGGAGGCCACAGUUCAGGCUCCAGAGUCCCCUAAGGAGGUAGAACAUUCAAGGCAGCAAAUGGUCCCAGUUCAGCUUCCAGAGCCACCUAAGGAGUUUGCUGCUCAACCUCCAGCUCAUUAUGAGGUGACAGUCCCAACACCAGGCCAGGAUCCAGCUCAGCAUUCAACAUUGCCCAGUGUCACUGUUCAACCUUUGGACCUGGGACUUACCAUCAUUCUAGAAUCCACGACAGAGGUUGAACUUUCUCCAACCAUGCAGGAGACCCCAACUCAGCCUCCUAAGAAAGUUGUACCCCAACUUGAAAUAUAUCAAGAGGUAACAAUUCCAACACCAGGUCAGGAUCGAGCUCAGCAUCCAAUGUCACCCGUUCAACCUUUGGACCUGGGACUUACCGUCACUGCAGAACCCACUAUGGAUGUUGAACAUUCUACACCCCUGAAGAGGACUAUAGUUCCUCCAAAGCACCUUAAGGUGACAAUUCCACAUCCAGAUCAGAUUCAGACUCAGCAUUCACACCUGACUGAAGCCACAGUUCAACCUCUGGACCUGGAGCUUAGCAUAACUACAGAGCCUACUACAGAGGUUAAACCAUCUCCAACCACGCAGGAAACCUCAGCUCAGCCUCCAGACCCGGGACUUGCCAUAACUCCAGAACCCACUACAGAGAUUGGACAUUCCACAGUCCUGGAGAAGACUACAGCUCCUCAUCCAGACCAGGUUCAGACUCUGCAUCGAAGCCUGACUGAGGUCACAGGUCCACCUACAAAGUUAGAAUCUUCGCAGGAUUCAUUGGUGCAGUCUGAAACUGCACCAGAGGAGCAGAAGGCCUCCACAAGCACCAACAUAUGUGAGCUCUGUACCUGCGGAGAUGAGACUCUGUCAUGUGUUGAUCUCAGCCCAAAGCAGAGGCUCCACCAAGUGCCUGUGCCAGAGCCCAACUCCUACAAUGGCAUCUUCACCACCUUAAAUUUCCAAGGAAACUAUAUUUCAUACAUUGAUGGAAAUGUAUGGAAAGCAUACAGUUGGACCGAGAAACUAAUUCUCAGUGAAAAUUAUUUGACUGAAUUACAUAACGAUUCAUUUGAAGGCCUGCUAUCCCUCCAGUAUUUAAAUCUGGGCUGCAAUUUAAUUACGGAACUGAGCCACGGAACAUUUCAGGCCUGGCACGGAAUGCAGUUUUUACACAACUUAAUUCUCAAUCGCAAUCCUCUGACUGCUGUCGAAGAUCCAUAUCUCUUUGAACUGCCGGCAUUAAAAUAUCUCUUUCUUCUUCAGAGACAUGGGAACAACGCACAUCACACUUACAACGCUCAAGAACAUUCUCACGAUGACUGUUGAACUG